GUGGCGUCUCUAAACAAACAUAGCUGCUAGCGUAGCUGCUACCGUGUACAAGGCGAGAAAAUAAAAAGUGGGUUUGCUGUCUGGAAAAAUGGCUUAGACCCGGGAGUGAAGCGUUCAUGGUUUAUGGGUGAAAGAUGACUGGGAAAAACCAAUACAAUGGUUUCCAGUCGGCCACUUCAGUGCAGCCCACUUUUGGUGGGAAUGCGUACGUUUUUGGGAACGGUUCGGAGACGGACUGCUCGGAGGAGGAUGGGGAGAGCUAUGAGCUCCGCGCCCGAGGCCGUGACCGCACGCGUCGGAGCACCUCCAGAGACCGGGUGGACGAUAUAGUCUACCUGGUCAGGGACAUCAAAGAAGGAGACACGCUCAUUAGUCUCUCACUCCAGUAUUUUUGCACGGUUGCAGAUCUCAAAAGGGCCAACAAUCUUGUCGCAGAACAGGACUUCCAUGCGCUGAGAUCCGUAAAGAUCCCCGUGAAAAAGUUCAGCGUGCUGACCGAGACCCACAACACCACUCCGCACAAGUCGGCCUCCCCUGGGACCACGCGUCGCCUGGUGGAGUUUGAGGCCGCUGGUGGUGCCGGUGCAGCGGGCUGCGAGGCCGCGGACUCUGCCUCGUCGUCCUCCUCCACGGACAGCGUGGGUAGCUUCCUCCAGGAGAAAGACAAGGACAUCGAGCUGCUGGUCAAGUCCACCGGCUCGUCCAGGAGCAGCUUGAGCGAGGUGGUGUCCUCCCUCAGCGGUGCCCAACAGCAGCUGCAGCAGCCCCUGCUGGGGGGAGACCCUGAGCGGAGCAGACCCCCCCUGAGAAAGGACCCACACUAUGGGGCAGACUGGGGCAUGCGCUGGUGGACUGCCGUAGCCAUCAUGCUAGUGGUGGGCAUCGUCACGCCGGUGUUCUACUUGCUGUACUAUGAGGUGCUGAUGAAGGCUGACGUUAGCCACCACGACACUACGCACGGGGCCGCCAAGCACGGCACGGCCACCAUUCCAAUCGAAGCCCACAAGCUGGUAGAGACUAACGGGGGCUUGGAUGGGGAACCGGGACAGGGUGUGCGGCAGGACUCGCAGGCACAGGCGGCCGGUCAGUCGAAUAGCCACCAGGACCACAAGAAAGGAGACACGUAGCGAGGGAAAGAGACGGAUGUGCCAACAGGGACCAGUGUAUACUUGUAUGACGAGGCAUUUCAGUGUCGGGGAGAUGUAACCACUUUCCAAGGGUGAAAAAAAAAAUAGCGUUUGAGCUAUAUGCGGUCUUUGGACUUUCUGGGACUUUUUUUCCCGGCACAGUGGAGGCAAGUUCAUUAUACAUAACUACAGUGGGCUUGUGUUUAGCUGCUUGCGUCACUUCUAUGGUUUGCCUUAGGGGUACAUAUAUAUAUGAUAAUGGUUGUUUCUCAUUUUCAGAAACCAUGUGAAUAAGCAGAGGUUGAGAGGGAGAGUGAGUGUUGCCACUGUCUACUUGUCAGGGAUGUUCUUUAAAUAAAGCAUAAUUUAUUGGAGACAAGCUUUUUAUGUUCCAAAAUCAGUAUUGUGUUAGGUUGAGUAAUUAUGAACCUUGCCCUCAAACUCUUGUUCGCACAUAGGACUUUUCCCCACACCAGAAUAUUGUCAUGGCUGUGAAAUGUGCAAUAUUCUUUUUGUUUGUUUGUUUGUUUGCUUCGUUUUAAAAUGUUUGCUUUGGCAGUACAAGGAUAACUGUUUUCGUUUUCCUCCUGUAGAUGAGUUUUAAUGGAAAAGUAAGUGUGAGUUGUCAGUAUGUGCCUUCUUCCUGUAGACUCAACUCAAGAACAGGUUGGAAAUAAAGUUAACUAUUUUAAUUAUGACGAAUCCAA